AUGGUGUUUUUUAACGGUCUGCUGAAGAUCAAGAUCUGCGAGGCUUUGGACCUGAAGCCCACAGCCUGGUCUCUGAGACACGCCGUCGGCCCCAAGACGCAAACCUUCCUGCUGGACACGUACAUCGCCCUCAACGUAGAUGAUUUUCGCGUGGGGCAGACCUCGACCAAGCAGAAGACCAACAGUCCCGUCUGGCACGAUGAGUUUGUGACCGAGGUGCACGACGGCCGCAGGAUCGAGCUGUCGGUGUUUCACGACGCGCCGAUUGGCUACGACGACUUUGUAGCCAACUGCACCAUUCAGUUCGAGGAACUGCUGCAAAACGGCAGCAAACACUUCGAGGACUGGAUAGACUUGGAGCCAGAGGGAAAGGUUUAUGUCAUUAUCGACUUGUCUGGAUCAUCCAGUGAAGCAGGAAGCUGUGAGAAUGAGGAGCGCGUGUUUCGUGAACGCAUGCGUCCCAGGAAGAGGCAGGGGGCCGUCCGGAGGAGGGUGCAUCAAGUCAACGGACAUAAGUUCAUGGCCACCUACCUGAGACAGCCCACCUACUGCUCGCACUGCCGCGACUUCAUCUGGGGUGUAUUGGGAAAGCAAGGAUAUCAGUGCCAAGUGUGCACCUGUGUAGUUCACAAACGCUGUCAUGAGCUGAUCAUCACCAAAUGUGCGGGUCUCAAGAAACAGGAGGAUACCACAGAGGAGGUGGGAUCUCAGCGCUUCAGCGUCAAUAUUCCUCAUAAAUUCAGUAUUCACAACUACAAAGUCCUGACGUUCUGCGACCACUGCGGCUCCUUACUGUGGGGCCUGCUGCGACAAGGGCUUCAGUGCAAAGUUUGUAAGAUGAAUGUGCACAAGCGUUGUGAGAGUAAUGUAGCUCCUAACUGUGGGGUGGACGCCCGGGGCAUCGCUAAGGUGCUGUCUGACCUCGGAGUCACUCCAGAUAAACUCUCCGGCAGCGUCCAGAGGAGAAAAAAGAUCUCUCAGGGCCCAGAUGCGCAGCCCUUACCCAUAUCCCCACAGUCAGAAGAGGAUCGAUCCAAAUCUGCUCCCACAUCACCAUGUGACCAGGAUAUAAAGGACCUGGAGAACAUCAGAAAGGCUCUUUCGUUUGACCAUCGCGGUGAGGAGCUGCAGCCAGCCUCGUCCUCCUCUCUGACCGAGGCCAGAGAGAACGGAGAGGUGAAGACGCCCCGAACCAAAAGGAUGACGCUGGAAGACUUCUCCUUCAUCAAAGUGCUCGGGAAAGGCAGCUUUGGCAAGGUGAUGCUGGCAGAGUUAAGAGGCACUGAUGAGGUUUAUGCGGUCAAAGUGUUGAAGAAAGACGUCAUCCUGCAGGACGAUGAUGUGGACUGCACUAUGACUGAGAAACGCAUUCUAGGACUGGCUAGAAAACACCCUUACCUGACCCAACUAUACUGCUGCUUUCAGACCAAGGACCGCUUGUUCUUCGUCAUGGAAUACGUGAAUGGCGGAGACCUGAUGUUCCAGAUUCAGCGUUCACGCAAAUUCGAUGAAGCUCGUUCCCGGUUUUAUGCUGCUGAAGUGACCUCAGCCCUCAUGUUCCUGCACCAAAAUGGGGUCAUUUACAGGGAUUUAAAGCUAGACAACAUUCUGCUGGACGCAGAGGGUCACUGUAAGCUGGCAGACUUUGGCAUGUGUAAGGAGGGAAUCCUGGAAUGCAUCACAACCACAACAUUCUGUGGCACACCAGAUUACAUUGCCCCAGAGAUCCUGCAGGAGCUGGAGUACGGCGCGUCGGUGGACUGGUGGGCUCUAGGUGUGCUGAUGUACGAGAUGAUGGCUGGUCAGCCUCCUUUCGAAGCGGAUAAUGAGGACGACCUUUUUGAGUCUAUUCUCCAUGAUGACGUCUUAUAUCCCGUGUGGCUCAGCAAAGAGGCCGUCAGCAUUCUUAAAGCGUUCAUGACGAAGAGCCCUAGUAAGCGGCUGGGUUGCGUAGAAUCCCAAGGACUAGAUGAAGCCAUUAAAGUGCAUCCAUUCUUCAAAGAGAUUGAUUGGGUUCUUCUGGAACAGAGGAAGAUCAAGCCGCCUUUCAAACCACGGAUUAAAACCAAAAGGGACGUCAACAAUUUUGACCAGGACUUCACCCGCGAGGAGCCGGUGCUCACCCCGGUGGAAGACGCCAUUAUCAAGCAGAUCAACCAGGACGAGUUCAAGGGCUUCUCUUACUUCAGUGAAGAGACCCUGUCCUAAUACUAAAACCUCUGUCUCCUGGGCUGUACUUGGUGCAGUCGUGCACUGCAAAUGCUGUGAACGCCCAUGAGAUGAUCGUAGACCAUCAUUUACCAAGAAUUCGAUGCUUUAAUUUAAAAGUAGAAAGUUAGGCAUUAUAAUUUUUCCUGCUGAACCCCAAAAAAAACAUAUGUGCAUGCACAGAUACUCACAGAUUUGCACCAUCUUUAUUUGAUGUAUGUAUAACACAUAAGGGAGCUCGUGUGACAUCACUAAAGCGGCUGGAUAGAGAUCUUUAGAAGGCCAUUUCAUGUUUCAUUCCUUCUCCCAUCAUGCAGUGUAACAGUGGUACAUCUGGAGUCAACCCAUUUACACUAGUACCGUUUUGAAAUGCAAAAACCAAAUGUAAAGAACAAGUGAUUGUAUUGCAGAUGUGAUGCAUAGAUGUGAUGCGUGUGAAUUGGGAGUUUUAAACACUCUGCAUUAGGAUCUGAUCACAUGAUGGUCUGAUAGGCAGAGACAGUGACUGGACGGUACUGGGAAAGACUCAGAACUGCCUUUCCAAUCGAAACAGCAGUGUUGACAUAUACGCAAGUCACCAAAACAAGUGUUGUGUGUGUGUGUCUGUAUACUGGAGGGUAAGGUUACACAAGUACCCUCUGUAGUGUUUUGUUGUGUGUGUGGUUUUUUCAUUAUAUUACUGGAUUGUUUCGUUGCUAGGAUGUUGAAAUGAUUGGUUUCUCUACAAUGCAACAAGACCUAUGAUUAUGAACGGGACAGGACAGUAGCCAAUCACUUCUCUACAGUCUACAGUACGUACAAGUCCUGAUUACCUUCAUCAUUAGCCUGUGAACUUUGAGAAUAGACUAAUCAUCUACUGCAUGGUAAUGCCUACAAUAUUCUUGUGUAUUAUUAGAUUAUGAGAAACUGUUAUGUGCAAUAUUCUCUCUGUGUGUAUGUCUGUCUGUGUGUGUGUGUUUAGCAUUUUCUGUUCUUUUGUCUCUCUCCAUCUCAUCUUCAAUGUGUCUGAUUUCCACUGUCUGUUUUGGUUGGUAACCGUUUGGUCGUCAGGUCAUGCCAUAUGCAGCACACGUCUUUUAUUUCAGCUGCUACAGCCUCUGAAUUUCAUGUUUCAUGUAGUUAGAAAAGACACAAAAUAUUGGGCUUCUGUGGCAAAAAAAAAAAGUCAUAGAAAAUGCAUAGAGAUGAUCUUCCAUUCUAUAUACAGCACAACUCAAAUACCCUAGAAUUUCUCCUAAUAUGUUAGCUGUAAAGCUAUGAAAGCUUGUGAUGCAAGCAAGACAUUUAUCAAAGAAAUACAAUCAGCUCAUUACAUUAUGAACAUAAGAAAUAAUGAACGCAUUUGUAAUAAAUUCAAAUUUUUUUCAACUCUUGCCAACAUCAGGUUUAAAAGUGAACAUGAAAUUGAAAUUAUUGAAAUUAUUGCCUGCUUUUGUUUUGUCUGCCUUAAAAAAAAGCCUUUGAAGCAACUCUUUCUUUCUUGUGAUGUCACCCUUUGCAUCCAAACUUUUCACAAUUCAAUCAGUUCUUGUGGCAUAAUACUUAUUUUGCGUUUUAUGUUUCGUCUAAUAGUAUAUCAGAUCCCCAAAGUGAAAGUUGGUUUUGAACAGCGUCUCAUGUUGACUUUGAGACCUUCACUCAUUUCAUGUCCAUUUUACAGAUCUGAUACUUCAUUUUGAGUUUUUGCAUCAUUUACAUUUUGUUUGUUUGGUUGUUUUUCUCAAAGCAUGUCUGCCCUUAUUUGUGCCCUUCUGAUCUGGCAUCUUUCGGCUUGGAUGGAGUCCACUAACAGAAACUCUCACAGCUACACCUGCCAGACACCUCUGUCCUAAUGCAAACUUUUGGACAUCAUGAGUAACUCUGUUUUUAAAUGACUCUACAUAGGAAACACAUUGACAUGUUCAAGCAGAAGAUGGAAGCACCUCUUUGGUUAAACGUGAAUCUGUGUCUCACAAAGGAAUACUUAUUUGUACAUACAGAGGUACAGUGCAUAUAAAUAUAAAUUAUAUAUGUGUUUUAUGUCACUGUAAGAAUCAUAAAUGUGUAUGUAUUUCUUUUUUAUUUUAUUGUGCAAGUUUUUUUUUUUUUUUCAUUGCCAUUAGUCACUGUCGUGUCAUUAUUUGCAUUUUACUGUGUGCCAAAUGUACUGUUCUCAAAGGAUGUGAAUGUGCUUUUUUUUUUUGGUUUGUAACCUAUUAAAUAAGAUGUCAGAAAUAAACCAAAUAGUUUGAAGUCCAAAUCAAUCUCCAAAUGCACAGUACUGUAGCUGAGACCAAGUGUUUUAAGAGUCUGUAUUUGUGCCGAAUGCUGGAGAAGACGGGUGGUUGAUUGUCAUAGGCUAUGAAUAUAUGAACUGUAUAAUAAUGACCCACGCAAAUAGUUAAGCAUGAGAGAAAUUAGUGUGUGAACUUUGGUUAAAAAUAAGGGUCAUCAUGACCAAAACAAAGAGUGAAGGAUUAGUGCUGUCACAUGUGACCUUCUAUUCUAGAUGGAGGCUAUAGAUGUCCAAGGACAUGAGGAAAUGCAUAUGCUUGUCAUUUUGGGAAUGCUCAGAACUUUUUAUAAACUGAAUAAUCUGAGUGCAUAGUUCAAUGAGGUGAAAGUUAUAUUGUGCUUUAUUUUCAUAAUAAAUGAAUG